CUUUCGGGUGGCAUACACUAUUUGACCUUACUAAGAUGUCUGGCGACGGGGAACUUCCUGUGAGGGCAGGAAGUAUUUCAGUACUGCACAGACGCACAACGCAGCGAGCAUGCAGAAAUGGCCGAGAACGGAAGAUGCAGUACAAAGCUGGAGUUCGCUGUUCAGAUGACGUGUGGCAGCUGCAGCAGCGCUGUGAGGAACGCCCUGCAGGGGGCGCCAGGUGUCCAGUCUGUGGAGAUUGACCUGCAGAGAGAGGAAGUGCUGGUGGACACCACGCUGACAUCACAGGAAGUGCAGGACCUGAUUGAGAAGACGGGGCGGAGGGCGGUGCUAAAGGGAGUGGGAUCGGCCGCACAGAAGGACCUGGGUGCUGCAGUGGCGAUGCUCUCUGGCUCCAACCUGGUUCAGGGGGUGGUUCGGUUCCUCCAGGUCUCCGAGGAUCGCUGCCUGAUCGAGGGCACUGUGGACGGGCUGGAACCUGGUCCCCACGGGCUCCACGUGCACGAGUUCGGUGACCUCACAGACGACUGCCUCAGCUGCGGAGGGCACUUCAACCCCUUUGGGAAACCCCAUGGCGCCCCCCAGGAGUCGGACAGGCAUGUUGGAGAUCUAGGAAACAUCCUGGCGGGACCCGAGGGCAGAGCGGUCUUCAGACUGGAGGACCAGCAGCUCAAGGCUGGCCUGUGGGAUCAUCGCUCGCGCCGCUGGACUCUUCCAGAACCCCAAACAGAUCUGCAGCUGCGACGGGGUCACCCUCUGGGAGGAGAGAGACCGCCCCCUGGCCGGCCCAGGACGCAGAGCACCCAAUCAGCACGCGGCACACCUCUGAAGCUGCCCUGCCCCUUUAGAACUCUGGCGGACCUGCUCUGAUCUCAAGCACUUAAACUAAAAUCAAAAAAGAGAUCAAUUAAAAUCAGGGGUCGCUCCAAUCAUGCAAGUAACUUAAUAACUCCCACUUUUUUUAAAUGAAGAAAAACACGUUUUGAAGUUCAUGGGGUUCAGUUUUUUGUAUGAGGUGUUAACAGGUUCUUGCACUGGCAAGGCAUGCAAUGCUACUAGGAGAUAAUAUUGAACUGUGAAGGACAUGGGUGGAGAUUUUAACAGCUUUUUUUAACCCCUAAAGGUAGACAAGGAAUUGAGCGCAGUUUCUUCUUAAAAUCCUUUUGAGAGUGACUCACGAGGAGGAAACUGACAAUCAUGCAAGUAACUUAAUAAAAUAUAUAUAGGGUGCCUGGGGGAGGAAUAGGGAGAAGUGAUUUGAAAAGCAGGCCUAUUAUAAAACAAACUGAAGUGAAUUACCCAUUUUGAUGUCCAUCGCUGUUCAUUGGUGUAUGUGUGUGCUUGUGUGUCAUUACAAUCUCGGCUAAGUAUAUUUUUUGGGGCUACGAAUCAGGGAUCAGUUACCAAAAGUCAAGCGUCCAGACUGUGUGUGACUACCAGAACCUUUCAUUUGUUAUUCUUUCAACAGCAACGCACUGAGAUGUUGCAUUCCACCGUUUUGAUUAUUUUGUAAUAAGAAUUAAAAGCGAUUGCAUUCCAAACA